GCCCUGGGAUCGCUAUAAACAGUAUUAGCAUCUCCUCAACCUUCUGUGCCACGGGUUCAGAAGAUGGCUACCUGCGGCUGUGGCCACUGGACUUCUCAGCCGUUGUCUUGGAGGCAGAGCACGAGGCUCCGGUGAGUUCUGCCUGCAUCAGCCCGGACAGCCGCAAAGUCUUGUGCACAACCACUGCUGGGAAUCUGGGCUACCUGGAUAUCCAAUCCCGGCACUAUAACACCCUCAUGCGCUCUCACGAGGACUCUGUUUUGGCCUUCUCAGUGGAGGGGAUUUGGAAGCAGAUGGCAACGGUGUCUCGGGACAAUACCAUCCGAGUCUGGGACCUCGUCUCCAUGCAGCAGCUGUACGACUUCACAGCUGCAGAGGAAAUGCCGUGUGCUGUGGCCUUUCACCCUACCCAGCAGAUCCUGGCCUGCGGCUUUGACAGCGGGACGGUGCGGACCUUCAGCUUGGCUGCCUCCGAUCUGCUGGUGGAGCACAAGCAGCACCGCACUGUGAUCACUGGCCUGACCUUCUCUCCAGAUGGCAAUUUCAUGUUCAGCUCCUGCUUGCAGGGAACUCUGGCUCUUUACAGCUGUAUGGCGCAGAAAAGCCACGUCCUGAGAGUCCUGUGCAAUGUGGUGGCCCGGGAUGCUGGGAGCGGUCCGGAUGCUUUGGUGGUCAGCGGGGACAGCCAUCUCUUGGCCUUCGUGGGUCCCUCCAAGUACAUCGUGACCGUGAUGGAGGCCUGCUCUCUAGAUGAGCUGCUGAGAGUGGACAUCAGCAUCCUCAAUUUAAACAGCACGGCCUUGGACUCUGCAGUGAGAGUUUGCUUUGCUCCGGCGCCUCGAGGCGAGCUCCUGGUGUCCACUUCUUCCAAUAAAAUCCUUAUGCUUGAUGCAAAAACGGGACGACUGGUGCGAGAGGUGUCUCCCGUGCACAAGCUGUCCUGCUCUUCCUUGGCGCUGAGCAAGGAUGGCAGGUACCUGCUCACUGCUGGUGACAAAGUUAUCAAAGUGUGGGACUAUCAGAUUUCAGGGUGUGCUCUUUCCCAGGUAUACAUAGGUCACUCGGAGCUAGUGCGCCAGGUGGCCUUCACCCCAGACCAACAGCACGUCGUCAGCGUUGGAGAUGCCAUCUUCCUCUGGGAUUUCCUAGCUCUGCCUGCUGAGAGGUCACCCCUAGCCGGGGCUCGUUCCUCUGAGUCUGCUCUGCUGCCGGGAGCAGGUAUUUUCUCCGAGUCGGACAAAGAGGAGGAAGCGGGUCCGCCAGGCAGCAGCAGGGUGGUGGCGAACGGAGACAAAGAUGCCUCGGUCCUUGUGGUGGAGUCGGUCAGGAAUGAGGAGCUUAUUGUGAGGCCCAAAGUGAGGCAGGAGAGCUUGAAGUCGCCUGGACAAUCAUCGAACGAACCCAGAAAGGAGACCAAAAGUCCCAAGUCCCAGUGCUCCAUCCGCCCAGAUUCCUACCGGCAUUUCACUCCUCGCUUUAAGGCGUCGGUGCUCCCCCAGGUGAGAAGUUUCUUGUCUCCUCCAGCUGGCAGUGAGGUCUUGAAGCUGAAAGCAGUGAUCGGCUACAACGGGAAUGGCAGAGGAAAUAUGGUGUGGAACCCGGACACAGGCUUCUUCGCCUACACCUGUGGCUGCGUCAUUGUGGUUGAAGACCUGCACUCAGGAUCACAGAAUCACUGGCUUGGCCAUGCAGAGGAGAUCUCCACGCUCGCCGUCAGCCACGACGCCCAGGUUCUUGCCUCUGCCUCGGGAAAGAGGAAUGGAGACUCCCAUUGUCAGAUCUGCAUCUGGAACAUCCAGGACGGGGUUUGCACAGCAAGUCUCUUCCACCAUGAGACCCAAGUACAAGCCAUGGCGUUCUCUCGGGACGACAGGUUCCUCGUUACCCUGGGGGACUACAGAGAUCAAACCAUUGCUUUCUGGAACACCUACACUUGCGAACUCAUGUUGUCGACGUCUAUCUCGGAGCCAGUCCAUGACGUGGCUUUUAGUCCUCUUUCUCACAGAGAGCUGGCCUGCGUAGGGAAGGGAGCCAUGAUGUUUUGGCUGUUGGAGCAGCAGGGAGCUGAUGUCAACCUCAAGGUUCAUCGAGCCCCUGCCCCAGAUGUCCUAGGGCCAGUGGAGCUGACCUCUAUCUGUUACGGUGCCGACACUCUUCUUUAUAGUGGGACCAACUCAGGCCAGAUCUGUGUGUGGGACACCGAGACUAAUUGCUGCUUCAUGACGUGGGAGGCCGACGAAGGCGAGAUUGGUGUGCUGGUGUGUGGGCGCAAUAGGCUGGUGAGCGGCAGCAACACCAAACGCAUCCGCCUGUGGGUAGUGGCAGCUGUGCAGGAGCUGAGGCUGAAAGGUCCCGACGCCAGGUCUAGCUCAGUCCUGCUAGAACAUGAGAUUACCCUCGAUGGGACAAUAGUCAGCGCAGCUUUUGAUGACUCUCUAGAGAUGGGAAUUGUGGGCACCACGGCAGGAACCCUGUGGUACAUCAACUGGACAGAGAGCACGAGCAUCCGACUAAUCAGCGGCCACAAGAACAAGGUGACCGAAGUGUGUUUCAGUCCUGACGAGACUCACUGCGCGACGUGUGGGGAAGAUGGCAGCGUGAGGAUUUGGUCUCUGGGCAGCAUGGAGCUGGUGGUACAGUUCCAGGUGCUCAACCAGAGCUGCCAGUGCCUGGCCUGGAAGCCUCGUCCCGUCGUUGCGUGGGGAGCUGAGAGCCAGCACGUAGUGGCAGGGUACAGCGAUGGCACUAUCCGUGUGUUCAGCAUUUCCAGGACAGAGAUGGAGCUGAAAAUGCACCCGCACGCCGCAGCACUGACGGCAAUCGCCUACUCCACAGACGGAGAAAUGAUCUUAUCGGGGGGCAAGGAUGGGCUCGUGGCCAUCAGCAGCCCUCGCACCGGAAUGACUAUCCGUGUCCUCGCUGAGCACAAGGGCUCGCCCAUCACUGUCCUCCAGUGCACGAGGAAGCAGUACCGCGACUUUGGGGUGGAAGGAGGCGAGCUCUGGCUGGCCACCAGCUCGGACCGGCGGGUCAGCGUCUGGGCCUCCGACUGGCUGAAGGAUAAGUGCGAGCUCCUCGACUGGCUCAGCUUCCCGGCUCCUGCCGGCCCCGAGGGUCUCGGCAGCCUCCCGCCCAGCCUGGCCGCAUUCUGCCCUUGGGAACCUGGUACCCUGGUCUACGUCGGCUUUGGGAUGCAGAAGGAAGCCUUGUUCUACAGUCUGCGCAAGAAACAGGUAGUCGAGAAGAUCUCCUUGCCGUACUUCGCCACAUCGCUCAGCCUGUCUCCUGCAGCACGCUUCAUGGCUGUCGGCUUUGGCG